UGCGAAGAGGCAGCAGAUGCUUAUCUGCCCCUGCCUCUGACAGUGGUGUUCGGUGCAAAGCACAAGGCAUGGACGCGUUGAGCGGGAUGAUGCGUGAGGAGGAGACGAAGCGAGGAGCCCGCCUGUGAGCCGCAUGUUGCGGGUGUGAAGGUGACUUGAUGCGAGAAGAGGCGCGAGUUCUCCGCCUCCCCGACCUCAUCAACCGUUCUCGUCUGGGAGCACGUCUGGCCCCACUCUUGGAAGGUGAGGGUUGGGGUGUGAACGGAUCACCGCCUCACAGCCAUAAACCAGGUCAAGACCACAGAGGAAGGAACGACGGCGAAGAGUUGAGGAAAAAGAGGAGAGAGGUGGCGGUGAGAGCGGGGCUUGGGGGAGACAGCAGACAGGAGAGCUCGUUCCGUAUCAGGACGGUUUUAUUCGUGGCUGUGUAUGCAUGAGUUCUGCGUCGAAUGGGCGCAAAAACCGCCCCAGAACGGCCGGGAACAUCUUCCAGAUCGGCAAGCCCCUCUACAGAGACCCACAGCGGAGGGAGAGCACGGAGAGUAGCCGCAGAGCUCAGCGCGCUGUGGCCGACUGCAGGAUGAUCGUGCAAGAGUUCAACACGCUAGUGGCUCUUUACCGUGAGCUGGUUAUCUCCAUCGGUGAGAUCACCGCCGACUGCCCCAACUUGCGGGCCGACAUGCUGAAGACCCGGACUAAAGGCUGCGAGAUGGCCAGGGCCGCACACCACAGUCUCUCCUUAAUAGCAGGGCCAGAGGAUGGCGAGAUUCACCCGGAGAUUUGCAGGCUUUUCAUCCAACUGCAAUGCUGCCUGGAAAUGUACAUCGCCGAGAUGCUCAAGUCCUGCUGCCUGCUGGGCUCUCUGCAGCUCCACAGGAAAGGCAAAGAGCCCUUUGGCCUCCCCUCAGGGGACAGGAAACUCGAGGAGAGCUCGGACGUCCCUAUCCUUGAGGACACCUCCUCAUCGCCCACUGAUAGCUCUGCACUCAACUGGCAGGUGGCCACAGACAUAGAAAACAUAGAAAGGGACAUGAGAGAAAUGAAGAACCUUCUCAGUAAACUCAGGGAGACGAUGCCUUUACCACUGAAGAACCAAGACGACAGCAGUUUGCUGAACCUGUCUCCCUACCCGCUGGUCCGACAGAGAAAGAGGCGCUUCUUUGGCCUCUGUUGCCUGGUAACCAGCUGAAGUAUCAACAACAACGUCAAGAAACUUCACAUUGUCCUGUCCUUCACCACUCAAAUACUGCCAUUUUCAAACAAACAAAUGAACCAAAAUAUAGCAAGGCUGCCCAUUUUUUAUUUUUAUUUUUUUGUACAACUAAGAUAAACAAAUGUGUCCAUGUGCAAAAGAAACACAUUUUUAAAUUACGUUUUUUUUUCUGUUUGUUUUGUUUUUUUGUUAAUGGUCAAUGUGAGCCAUUGCAUGUUUCAGUAUCAAACAUAAAAAUUUCAUAAAUAACUGUAAAAAUAUUUGAUUCAAGAAAACAAAAAAAAUCCCACUGUAUCCCCCUUUUUUUAUCCCUCGUGUUGUGAGCUAAAAUUGGGGUAUUUAUGAGUGAGCCUGAGAAGCAAUGCUGCUCAUAUUAAGAAGCACUAAAAGUAUGUGCUACUACAGGCUGAAGGCUGUCCUCUACUCGCUAACUCCGCACAUUAUCUCUGCAAUUAAUUAAUCAACCCUGACACAAAAAUCUAAAAUCGGGCUUUGACGAUUUAUGCGUUUACAUCCCUACAAUAUACCUACAAAAUCUUUCAUUUUGAUCCUUCCCCAAAAGACGUAGGAAUAGCUCGACAUGCUAGUGCACACACCAACAACAAUCACAACAAGUGAGGCGAUGCUAACAGACCUCCGGCCUGUAAUAAUAAUAAUAAUUAACUAAUUGAUUUAUAAAAGAGCAACAGUCUGUGAUGCACUUUCAUCAAUUUGGUGAAAGG